AUCUUUCAUUUUACACAUUCUUGUUUGACUUUAUGCAAGCAUCAAACUAAGGAUGGCAAAAAUGAGUCUCUCUUCCUACAUAUUAAUGCUGACUUUUUCUUUGUUUUCUCAAGGUAUUUUACUUUCAGCUUCCAAGUCCAUAAGAAACUUAGAAGACGACAUGGUAUUUAAUACUUUUAGGAUGGGAAAAGCCUUUCAGAAGGAAGAUACUGCAGAAAGAUCAGUUGCUGCUCCUUCUCUGGAACAAUAUAAAAAUGAUGACAGUGGUUUCAUGAAUGACGACGAAAACAAAAAUUCAAAGAACACAGGCUCCAAACAGAAUCUCAUAAAUCAUGGUCUGCCACUGAAUCUGGCUCUAAAGCCUUACCUCGCUCUGAAAGGAUCAGUAGCUUUUCCAGCUGAGAAUGGAGCUCAGAAUACUGAGUCAACACAAGAAAAGAGAGAAAUUGGGGAUGAAGAAAACUCAGCUAAGUUUCCUAUAGGAAGGAGAGAUUUUGACAUGCUCAGGUGCAUGCUGGGAAGAGUCUACCGACCCUGCUGGCAAGUCUGAUACCUGCUGGUCCACACCAUCCUUUCAGAAGAAAACAAUUCAUUGCAAAUGGAGAGAAAAGCCCUUACUGUUGACAUGACUUGUGUAUUGUCCUAAAUGUCUGCUUUAAAAUGGCUAAGAUACAUAAUAAUCUAAAUGAUAUGCUUUGGCUUGUGCAUUAAACUUCAUAAAGAUUCUGCAUAA